CCUGUAUAGGGCUGAGGUCACACGUGUGUUGGCUAGUUGAGAGAGGGCAGCACCCAAACGGAAACUAAGGAUCCAUCACAAACAACUGAGAGUCCAGAUGAAGAAGAAACAAACAGAAACACGGCCAGACCUCAAGAGUUGUGAUGUCCAGACUCAGACAGAGGAGCAGCAGGGUUCUGAGGAGGGGAUACAGGAGCAGGGUGCUGAGGGGGGGAGACAGGAGCAGGGUGCUGAGGAGGGGAGACAGGAGCAGCGUUCUGAGGGGGGGAGACAGGAGCAGGGUUCUGAGGAGGGGAAGCAGCAGCCAGGCUCUGACAUGAUCUACACCAUAGAGGAUGUCCCCCCGUGGUACCUCUGCAUUCUACUGGGCCUCCAGCACUACCUAACGUGUUUCAGCGGGACCAUCGCUGUGCCCUUCCUGCUGGCGGAGGCCAUGUGUGUGGGACAAGACCAGUACACGGUCAGUCAGCUGGUGGGAACCAUCUUCACCUGCGUGGGAAUCACCACAAUCAUACAGACCACAUUUGGAAUCAGGUUACCUCUUUUUCAGGCCAGUGCUUUUGCCUUCCUCAUCCCUGCCCAAGCCAUCUUAGGGCUGGAUAGAUGGAAAUGUCCCCCUAAAGAGGAGAUUUAUGGGAACUGGAGUCUUCCUCUGAACACCUCACACAUCUGGCACCCAAGGAUAAGAGAGAUCCAGGGUGCCAUCAUAGCGUCCAGUGUGGUGGAGGUGGUCAUCGGGCUGGUGGGUCUCCCUGGUCUCCUGCUGGACUACAUCGGGCCCCUGACCGUCACCCCCACCGUGUCCCUCAUCGGCCUGUCUGUAUUCCAGACCGCUGGGGACAGAGCCGGUUCUCACUGGGGCCUCUCAGCACUGUCCAUCUUCCUCAUCGUGCUGUUCGCUCAGUAUCUGAGGAACUGGUCCUUCCCUCUCCCCUCCUACAACAGAAAGAAAGGCUUCAGCACUGCCAGGGUUCAGAUCUUUAAGAUGUUCCCGAUCAUCAUGGCCAUCAUGUUGGUGUGGUUGCUAUGUUACAUCCUGACUCGGACCGAUGUGCUGCCCAGUGACCCCAGCCAGUACGGACAGAAGGCACGCACAGACGCCCGUGGUGACAUCAUGACCCUCUCCCCCUGGUUCCGGGUCCCCUACCCCUGUCAGUGGGGGUUGCCCACGGUGACCAUCGCUGGGGUGCUGGGCAUGUUCAGCGCCACACUAGCUGGCAUCGUAGAGUCUAUCGGGGACUAUUACGCCUGUGCCCGCCUCUCAGGGGCACCUCCUCCACCUGUCCAUGCCAUCAACAGGGGUAUCUUCACAGAGGGGGUGUGCUGUAUUAUAGCAGGACUGCUGGGUACAGGAAAUGGCUCCACCUCCUCCAGUCCCAACAUUGGAGUUCUGGGAAUCACUAAGGUGGGAAGCAGGAGGGUCGUGCAAUAUGGUGCAGCCAUAAUGUUCCUGUUAGGAACUGUGGGGAAAUUCACUGCCCUCUUUGCAUCGCUGCCUGACCCCAUUCUAGGUGGCAUGUUCUGCACCUUGUUCGGUAUGAUCACGGCUGUGGGCUUGUCCAACCUGCAGAGUGUAGACCUCAACUCCUCUAGGAAUCUCUUCGUCCUCGGCUUCUCCAUGUUCUUUGGCCUAAUGUUGCCCAAUUACCUAGACAUGCAUCCCGGCUGCAUCCAAACAGGAGUUGCAGAGGCGGAUCAAAUCCUCACAGUGCUCCUGACCACAGAGAUGUUUGUCGGAGGCUUCCUGGCGUUUACACUGGAUAACACCAUCCCAGGCACCAAGAGGGAGAGAGGGCUGCUGGACUGGAAGGCAGAUGAGAGCAUGGGGGGAAGCUCAGUGAACAUGCGUACUUAUGACUUCCCUAUUGGAAUGAGCUGCGUUAGGAAAGUCAGCUUCCUGCGCUAUCUACCCAUCUGCCCCAGUUUCCGAGGCUUCACGAGAUGCAGACGGAAGGACAGCAUGCAGGAAAACAUGGAGGAUGAAUUAAGAGAGAGGAAUGAGAGUUUACGCAUGGACACAACAAUUACCUUGGCCUUCACUAAAGUAUAGUAACCCUGCAGUGAUUCAUCUUUUAAAAUCAUUUUAUACUGAGCUGUAUUUUUCACAGCUGUUUAUUGUUUUUGGACACUUACAGUUGUAAUUGAAAAAUGCACUGUCUGCAAUUGGGAAACAGGGACUAUGAACACUGACUGGGCAAAAAUGAUGCCGAUGUUGUAUAACGAUGUUGCAUUUUUGAAACUGUAAUGUUAUUUACCACAUUUCUCACCACAUUGAUUUGGGAGGUUUGUCUACUGUCCCCAUUUUUCUACUCACCACUACCACCUUAUAACAUUCUGUUUCUACGUUAAAGAACAAAAGAGUCCUGUGUUCAGAUGCAUACUGACCUUAUUGUACUGCAUGUAGACUGUGUUGAAGAAGCAGAGACAACAUUAACAGUGUUUAUUUAGUAAGUCUUUAUUGUGUACAAAAUUAUAAGUAAAGAUAGUGUAUCGCUUCUGAUGAUCUGAACUCAAAACACACGUGAGGUUUUAUGCAAAAACAUAUAUGAUAUAAAACUAAAGGAUAAUUAAGGAAAGCA